UCUUUCGUACGAUGCACGCACAACUUUUUAACUCUUUUGCUUUCAUCACAGUGGAAAGCCUCGUUUCUCUCUCCGCAGAAUCUCAUCGAAGCAGAAAUCUUAUCUCUCAGCUCAUACCAGAAACUCUCUGUCUCCAUAGUUCUAUCGCAUGGCGGCGCCUAUCCUACCUUCGGAUCCCUCUGCUGCUCUUGCAGUCAGGGAUAAAGUUCAGAAGCUUCUCAGUGCUGCCUGUACUGGCAACCUGGACCUCUUCAAGAAAUUGGCUGCUCAACUUGAUGAGGGAAAGGAAUUAUUAGCAAAAACAAUUGCAGAUGUUAAGGAUGCAAAUGGACGUGGGGCUCUUCACUUUGCAGCUCGAGAGGGUAAGACUGAGAUAUGCAAGUAUUUGUUGGAGUUGGGACUGAGCAUCGAUCCCAAAGAUGAUUAUGGUGAGACUCCUCUUGUUCAUGCAGCCAGACAGGGACACUUGACCACUGCUAAAUAUCUACUUGAGCAUGGUGCAGAUCCCACAACUACUUCUCAUGAAUUGGGGGCUACUUCCUUGCAUCAUGCUGCAGGAACAGGGUGUAAUGAGUUGCUGAGCAUCUUACUUUCUAAGGGGGUUGAUGUGGAUACGCCUAGUGAUGCUGGUACUCCACUGAUUUGGGCGGCAGGUAAUUGCAAGCAAGGCACUGUGAAGACUUUAUUGGAGUACCAUGCUAAUCCUAAUGCUGAAACUGAGGACAAUAUUACCCCUCUUUUAUCUGCUGUGGCUGCUGGGUCAUUGGAAAGUUUGGAGUUGCUGGUUCAGGCAGGUGCUAAUCCGAAUGCUAGUGCAGGUGGAGCAACAUCAUUGCAUAUUGCAGCUGAUGGUGUAGAUGUAAGAAUAACUAAUUGCUUAUUGAAAGCUGGAGCUGAUCCGAAUGCCAUUGAUGAGGAUGGGCUGAAGCCAAUACAAGUUGCCGCAGGGAGGGGUAACCGUGAAGCAGUUGAGGCACUUUUCCCUUUGACAUCCUCCAUUCCAGGAAUUUCAAAGUGGAGCAUUGAAGGAAUAAUUGCACAUACAGAGUCACAAGCUGCCAAUGAACCGAGGGAGUUGGAAACUUCAGAGAGAAGUGAAAUUUCAAUGGAGGCCAACUCACAAAAGCAAGAGAUGAUUGAGGUGUCACCUGAGGCCAAGAAGAAGUCUUUGGAGGCAAAAUCUAGAGGAGAAGAUGCAUUUAAGAACAAGGAUUAUCUCCUGGCAGUAUAUGCCUAUACACAGGCAAUUGACUUGGAUCCAAGCAACGCAGCUUUACUAUCCAACAGAAGCCUUUGCUGGAUCAGGUUGGGGCAAGCUGAGCAAGCACUAGUGGAUGCCAAGGCUUGUAGAGAAUCGAAACCAGACUGGCCAAAGGCUUGUUAUCGAGAAGGAGCGGCAUUGCGGUUGUUGCAGAGAUUUGAUGAAGCUGCCAGUGCAUUUUAUGAGGGGGUUCGGCUGGAUCCUGAAAACAAGGAGCUUGUAAACGCCUUCAGGGAAGCUGUUGAGGCUGGGAGGAAAUUUCACAGCACAGAAAAGCUAAAGUCAGAGCAGGAGCAGGUUCAGAGUCAACUCUAAAGAGGGAUUUUACAGUGAGAUGAGCAUUCUUUAGUGGUUUUUGAAGAGGUUUGAUGAGAGAAAGAGGUCAUACGUAGGUCAUGUUGAUCACCUCAGAAAAUGGGCUUCAUGGUAGUAGUAAGUUAAAAAGGGAUGGAAAUUUUGCGUGCCUAUAUAGCAGUAAAUUACUUUUAAAUAAACUUUACUGCUGAAGUGGAAAAAUUUUGUUUUGACAAAAGUCUUUUAAUUGAUUAUAUUAACCUCAAAAUGUAUGGGCAUGAGAAGAAAAAGGGGUUUCAAUUCAUGAAAAUAGUGUAUCUUUUCAUGUAUUAUUUGGACUAUUUAUUUUUAAGAUUUCAGGCAUUUUAUAGACU